GAUAUAACAGCAACCUCAAAUCCAAAACCCACAGCCACCUCCGCUGCUCCACACCCACCACCGGCAGCGGCGGAGACAGACGCCUGGAAUGGAUUCCACCAGUCUCAAAACCCUAAACGCCAUAGCCCCUUUUCAUUUCCGUACAAGGGUCUCUCUCUUUCGCCCAUUUUUCCUCCACCAAGUCCACAGAAACCGCUUCUAUCCCAGUUGCUCUCUCUCUAAAAGAGGCAGUGACAGUUCAUUGCCUAAUGGUGCUGGUGAGAGAGUUGCUGAAAUCUCCAAUAACAGGCUUCUUCAGGUGGUUUUGGUUUCUCCUCAGAUUCCUGGGAACACAGGAACCAUUGCCAGAACAUGUGCAGCAUCAGCUGUUGGACUGCACCUAAUCGAGCCAUUAGGAUUUCAGGUGGAUGAUGCAAAACUGAAGCGUGCUGGGUUGGAUUAUUGGCCAUAUGUGGUUGUUAAAGUUCAUGACUCGUGGGCAGAAUUUCGGGAAUAUUUCAGACAACAGGAAGGAGAAAAGCGGUUGUUGGCAUUUACCAAGAGAGGAACAAACAUUCAUUCUGAUUUCUCCUAUAGAAAAGGAGAUUGGCUCAUAUUCGGCUCGGAAACUUGUGGGCUACCACCUGAAGCUCUGCUUGACUGCAAGAAUGAAGCCCUUGGCGGUGGUAUGAUUCGAAUCCCAAUGGUUGAAACUUAUGUUAGAUGUUUGAAUCUCUCUGUGAGUGUUGGCAUUGCUUUAUAUGAAGCAUCCAGACAGCUAAACUAUGAGCAACUUCAAUUCCCAUCUGAUCCUUCUACUGAUAGCAGCAAAUCAUUUCUUACUGAAGACAUUUUUGCAUGAAUUCAGUUAUAUCAGAACUUCAUUAUUUACUAGCAAUCUGAAUUGAAUGAGAAGGCCUCAAGUUUUUUUGGCAGUAGUUA